AUGGAAGUUUUGGAAAUGUCUAUUAGGGAGAUUAGAGAGGCUUUGAUUGCUAUAGCCCGAGCCGUGACUAUGAAAGCUAAUUUUAAUAUGAUUCCUAGGGUUGUGGAGAGCACUAUGACAUAUUGGUUGCGAGAUUUUGUGAGGAUGAAUCCUCCUAUCUUUCUAGGCUCUAAGGUAAAUGAGAAUCCCCAAGAGUUUCUUGAUGGAGUGUACAAAGUUUUAUGUUCUAUAGGAGUUACAUAUAGGGAGAAGGCCGAGUUGUGUUCUUACCAAUUGAGAGACGUUUCUCAUAUUUGGUACACUCAGUGGAAGGAUAAUAGGCCGGAGAUAUCGGGUCCAAUUGAAUGGGAUGAAUUUAAGGAAGCUUUUCCUGGUAUGUACUUUCCCCAAGAUAGGAGAGAAAUUAAGGUGGAGGAGUCUAUCAAUCUCAAACAACGCAAUAUGAGUGUUGCGGAGUACUCUUUGAAAUUCUCAACAUUGUCUAGGUAUGGCCUUUCUCUUGUGUCCAAUCCAAUAGAUUAA